AUGUCUCGCGAAUGGGAACACGGCGAGAACAGCCACAUCUAUGGCUUCCCAAACAGAGUUGGCCAUGAUAGACAUCUCCAAAGCAUCAUCGACCAUACCAACAGUCUGUUCCCUGACCAUACUUACCGACUGCCUCAACUGAAUCUUUCCAACAACCCGGUCCAAGAGAGUCUUCCAAAUCCACUGACUGACCACCCGGAUGAUGGCAGUGAAGAGGCGAACCUGGAUGACUUUGAUCGUGAGCUUUUGGGCCAAUCUAAACCGUCGUCCACCCAUCUUCCGGGUUCAGACAGCCGCAGCCAACGCCUUUCCCUGCCCCUGAACAGUAGUUCCAGCAGACCGCAGCGAGUCCUCGGUGAUGCCAGUCACCACUUCAGGCCCUUCGUCCCCCGUGAGGCCGACUAUCGUUCCCCUUUUCCGACCAACCCAAUAAACCUCGACCCACUCGAGCCAACUCCGUCCACCCAGCCAAUGUUCGCCAGAGACGUUUCUCACAGAGUCAAGGAGCUUCAGCCCGGAACGCAACUGUUCACACCUCCUUAUUACAGCUCAAAGACAACGCCGCCUCUCAAUUCAUCGCUGACGGACAGCUCUCCUUCCAACCCCAACGCGUCUAGCCCCUCGACCCGCUUGAGUCUCAAGAAGCAGACUAGAGUCGCACACCGUCCUUCUGUACCGUCCAAAUGGUCUCAAAAGGUGCAGCUGGACCUCGACCAUGCUCCUAGUGCACCUCCCGUCGUGAACAAUACGCGCCUCGUCGAUCCGCGUCAGGCAUUGCCCGAUAGGUUCCGCUCAGUGUUUCCAUACGAGCUUUUCAACGCUGUGCAGUCCAAGUGCUUCCCGCUUGUGUACGGUGCGAAAGACAAUGUCGUCAUCUCAGCACCGACCGGCUCCGGCAAGACUGCUAUUUUGGAAAUGGCUAUCUGUGAGCUGGUGGCAAGCCAAGGCAGUGAGAAUUUCAAGAUCGUCUAUCAAGCACCGACGAAAUCCCUAUGUUCGGAACGAGCUCGCGAUUGGGAGAAGAAGUUCAGUCACAUGGACUUGAAAUGCAUUGAACUCACUGGCGACACCUCAAACGCACAAGCCAACCGUGUUGGUAGCGCCUCAAUCAUCGUGACUACCCCUGAGAAAUGGGACUCAAUCACGCGGAAGUGGUCAGACCACCGAAGACUUCUAGAGAUGAUUCGUCUCGUACUGAUCGACGAGGUCCACAUCCUCAAAGAUGCUCGAGGCGCCACCCUGGAAGCGGUUGUAUCACGGAUGAAGACGAUUGGGGCGCAGGUCCGAUUUGUUGCAUUGAGCGCCACCCUACCCAACAUCGAGGACAUCGCCAAAUGGCUCGGCCGUGAUCACGGAAACCAGAAUGAGCCAGCGAGAUAUGAGGCAUUUGGCGAAGAGUUGCGUCCGGUGAAGCUGCAGAGAUAUGUAUACGGCUAUGGAGGUGGAUCAAAUGACUUCAUCUUUGAGCAGCAGCUUGAUGGCAAGCUCACCACGCUACUCGCAAAACACUCAGAGGGAAAACCAAUCAUGGUGUUCUGUUUCACCCGGAAGUCGUGCCAGCGUACAGCUCAGAUAUUGGCAGAGUGGUGGUCGACUUGCCAAGGGAAUGACAAAGCCUGGCCUGCACCCACGCAGCGCAUCCCUGUUAUCUCCCAGGAGCUUCGGGAGAUUGUCAGAUACGGAGUCGCCUUUCACCAUGCCGGGCUUGACAGUCAGGACCGCUCAGCAGUUGAGCAAAAUUACCUCAAAGGUCAGCUCCAUGUCAUUUGCUGCACAUCGACCCUUGCCGUUGGUGUCAAUCUACCAUGCCACACGGUGGUGCUCAAGGGAACAACUGGAUAUUCAGAUGGCGGCCCUCAAGAGUACUCGGAUUUGGAGGUGAUGCAGAUGUGCGGCCGCGCCGGUCGCCCCCAGUUUGACAAAAGCGCUGUUGCAAUCAUCAUGACGCGACUCAGCAAUGCUGAACGAUACGAGAAGAUGACCUCCGGCCAGGAAAUGCUGGAGAGCACCCUGCAUCUGAACCUGAUAGAGCACCUAAACUCGGAGAUCGGCCUGGGUACCAUUCAGGACAUCCAGACUGCCAAAAAGUGGGUUGGUGGCACGUUUCUCAGUGUGCGCGUACGCCAGUCCCCGUCGCUUUACAAUCUCGACAAUGUCCACAAUGCUGCUGGUGCAGAUGAGAAGAUGGCGGAGUGGUGCGAGCGAGAUGUGAAACAUCUGCAAGAGUAUGGCCUAAUAACGAAACACACGCCAUUCAGCUGCACAGAAUACGGCCGCGCCAUGUCUAGAUAUAUGGUUCAGUUCGAGACCAUGAAGCUCUUGCUUUCAAUUUCUCGAGGCGCGAAGAUUGAGGAAAUGAUCACAACAAUUUGCAAGGCAGCGGAAUUCAAGGAGUUCCGAUUCCGACCAGCUGAACGCGCCGUGUUCCGAGACCUCAACAAGUCAUCGUUCAUCCUUCAUCCAAUCAAGGAGACACUGACGCAGACCUGGCACAAAGUCUCUAUGAUAGUCCAGAUCCAUCUCGGAGGAGUGGAACUACCAAAUGACAAAGACAUUGGCUCCCUCAGACUCGACCUGGCUAAGGAGAAGACCUUAACAUUCGAUCGCUUAAACCGUCUUGUCCGCUGCAUCGUGGACUGCAAGGUCUAUGAUGGUGACGGCAUAGGGACCAAAGCUGGCCUGGAACUUGCCCGAGCCAUUGCGGCCAACUCUUGGGACAAUAAGCCGUCACAACUGUCCCAGAUACCUGGCUUUGGUCCUGUCGCAGUACGGAAAUGGAUCAGCCAAGGGGUCCAUACAGUCUUGGGCUUGGCGGACAAGAGUUCCAUUGAGAUCGAACGAGUUGCUAUUCGAAAUCCUCCCUAUGGUCGGAAUGUCCUAAAAACUCUCCAAGACUUUCCGCGGCUCACGAUGAAAGUGGAGCUGCUAAGUCCUAGAGCAGUGCGACAGCGCUCUGAAGAGCCUGUGUCUGUGACGCUCAGAGUCAAUCUCGGGCAUUGCAACGCGAAGAGCCCACCGAGCUGGGCAAACAAGGUUCCGACAGUGACAUUCAUGGCCCUCACAACCGAUGGGAACCUCGCACAGUUUUGGCGCGGCAACAUGAGACAGCUUGACAAGACCAUUGGGCUGGACCUCAAGUUCCCAGUUGCACUCACUGCACCAAACCAAAAGAUCAUUUGCUACUUCAGUUGCGAGGAGAUCGUCGGUACCCAGGUCGAGAGGUCGUUGGAGCCUAAAAUCCCCCCUUCUGCAUUCCGGAAUGUGAAGAGCAAACCGGCAGGCCCUUCUGUCCAAGCCAUCGACUCAUCAGAAGAUGAUCUGGGUGACGGUGACGUGGCAGACGAGGAUAUGCUGAAUAUGUUUGACCCUGUCAGCCAUCCGAACACGGCCAUCGCGUUAGACUACCCCGGUCCCAUGGAUGGCAUUGAAGAUGACUUCCCGCUUAUUGAUGACCUAUUGUCACGCGAGACCACCACCUCAGCAGCGAAACCAGGAAAAAUGCCGAACGGGAAAUGGAUGUGCAAUCAUGACUGUGUGGAUAAGCCACGUCCUCCUCCGCAAAAGAAGGAUGGCAGAACGUCGAAAGGCAAAGCUGAAGAGCAUCAAGCUUCCUCGAGCGAUUCACAGCCGAUUUCACAUCCCAAGUCGCCCCAGCACUCGCAGCAUACCAAGGGUAGCCAGCGGACGUCAAGGGAAGCUGUCCGCAUCGAUACUGUGCCGAUAUCUGGCACCAAGCGAGGCACCAAUGACCUUACUGUGCCUACAUCUGUACGCUCGGAUUCAAAGAGACUCAAGUUCACCAAGCCGGUUGCCGAUCUACACUCGCUACCCGACGUUGAGUACAUUGACCUCUCGAAAUUAAGCGACGAUGAAAGCGAUUGGUCGGCCCCACCAAAGAAGUUGGCACCGCCGAAGGGAAAGCAGAGACAGAAGCUAUCGCACCUCCAGGAGAAGACGCGUGGCAACGUACCAACUUUGCCACGACUCAAGGGACGUCACGGAGCAGAGGAUACGAGCUCCGGAGUACUCAGUGACCGUGAGCCGUCCAGUGGCCACGACGAAUUCGGUAUUGGGCCAGACCAGGAGAAUGCAAAUCCACUUGACGACUCCUAUGCCUUUGAGUUGGAACAGCUUCCAGAUCUACCUUAUAUGCCUGAUCUGGAUGACCUUCUUUAUUCCAACGAGCCGCAGGACAACAAAUCUUCCCAGAAGAGAUGGGAGACCGACGAGACUUUGUACCCAGGUGUUGCGCAGACGCUCAGGGAAAGCAUGGAUUAUGGCUAG